AGACCAUCAUUUUCAACUACCUACCUUACCUACAUUAACAUUAAGUAUCUACUUAUUAGCUAGUCGAAGUCAAGGUCAACUACAAUUAUUUUGAUUUUGAUCCUUAAACCUUUAUGCAAGAUAGAUAUUAGUCACUCAAUAACUUUUGUAAGCUUGGAUUUUUCGACGAGCUCUAGAACUGAUGACCACCUCGAAUCUUUGUAUCUUUAGGGUACUGCCUCACACGGGAGACAAGCCAGAUGGACGACUCGGGCAGCGCUACAGACGGCAAUGCGCCAGACCCCAAUCUUAUCGAAAAGCUCCCUGAAAUUGUCAACAUUGUCGAGGAUGGAGAUUUGAUUUUGGAUGUUACUUUUGAGAACUCUAAGGAUACUAUUCGAACAGCACGAGCCGCUCAAUCCAAACUACUAAGUCGGGACUCACAACCCGCACCGAAGAAGAAGGCCCGCUUAGGUUUCCGUGUCAGCCUCAAAGCGCUUAAGACUCAGUCUAAGUAUUUUGAGAGGCUCCUCACUGAUACUCGCUUUAAAGAGGCAAAGGAUAUAUCAAGCGCCUUUGCCGCGCUCUCGGUGAGGAAUGUCAAGCCCGAAACUGCUGAAGCUCAGGAACUUCCCUGGAUCAAAAUCCAAGAUGACGACCAGGCAACUCAAUAUGCGCAUCGCGAAGGUGCAUUUGGCGAUCUUCUAAGGAUCCUUCAUGGCAAGGAAGUAGUCACAAAGUUCACCAUGUUCACCAUGUUAUUCGUAACUACAUUAGCUGUCUUAGCUGAUCGCUUUGACUGUGCAUCCGCGGUCUCGAAGUUCCUCGUUGCCGGCAUGAGGUUCAAAUGGCCCGUGACAAAUCGUAAAUCUACCAGGGACGAGCCGUUAAUUAUGAGCCGCAGCAAUGAGGAUGUUCUACGCCAAAAGAUACUCGUGUCGUGGCUAUUGAAUCAACCUGCUAGGUUUCAGGCCGCUACAAAAGAGAUUAUCAUGAAUGGCUCUUGUCGAUGGAGCUCGUUUGCUCAAGACGACGAGUUUUCAGAUGCUACGUGGUGGUACUUGCAGGAUGGUCUCGAGCAAGAGUUGCAAUACCGCCGCCAAUGCAUCCUAAAUACAAUAGCCUCCGUCCAGCGGCACUUCAUUGCUCUCUACACGUCGCGCACGCGGCAGUGUAAGCUUGGCUAUGAUUCGAGUGCGGCUUGCGACUCGUACCAGUUAGGCGAGAUAUUCAAGUUUCUGACGAAUAAGAAUCUCAUGUUCCUCGUCGACUUUUCACCAGCAUCUCUCGAUUCCAUCGCAGAUACCUCCCUACUGCAAAUCGACGCCGUAAUCGCCACUCUGCGACAGUUCCCCAGCUACCAGAUAGACAAGAACCACACUAACUGCGGGAUGCGUACGCGUAUCAUACCCAUCCUAGAUUUCAUACUAGGCCUAUUAUCGGCGAACUCCGUCCCCAUAACCAGAAAUACCUGGAAGAACAAUCGUCAGGCGGUCGCCUGGAUGCCGCCUGAUACCGAGGGUAAGGACAAACCAGAGGUGGCACCAUUCCAGUUUACGAGGUCGCUGGCGGGAGAUCAGCGGUUGCGCUUCGAGAACGCAUUGGGUGCGGAUAAGUUCGCUAAAGAUGUGUUUACGGCGCCGAGCUGGGAUUGGACGGCGGAGGAUCAGGUGCGCGAUGAUCUCCCGUCCACUACUCCGAGAUGGAGUUUGAAGUAAGUAGGUAUUGUGGUGUGUUAGACGUAGCGGGAUAGUAGGAUUCCUUCCGAGACCUUGAAAUAGAAAGAUGAAGAGCUGCUAUACACUUGAGGUCCUCUAUUUGCAGGUAUGUGUAGAGAGAGAAGAGCUUGGAUAUCAUACCGGGACUAUAGGUCAGAUUAUCCUUAGACGGAUGUUAUUACUGUUAUUAGAUAAACGGUAUCCGUGGUGUUGUGUGAUAUUGAAUAGGGGGCUCUGGAAAAUUUCAAGCUUUCAAAAUGGAGGAGAUUCAAGUUCAUGAAGUACUCGCAAGCAAAUUUAUAGAUGAUGUGUUCAGUUGUUUAGCACCUUAAUAAUGAAGGG